GCAGCACUGGGAACCACCGCUACAACAUAGGAGUCAUACCAAGCAUAGCCUGCGUGUCAGUGCAGUCGACUUACAGCUGGCUGUGAGGACAACUGACGCUACUUUUUCGCUUGUUUUCUUUUUGUUUGCGCGUUACUGUCGCUAUACACUAACUCAUGCUUAGAGGGGGAUAAAUAAUAUCUAGAAGCAGCUUAAACACACAGCGAAGCCACUUUUUUGUUGUUGUUUCUUAGCGGUUUUUAAGAGAAGUAAAGUUGGAGGCUGGGCCUUUAGCUUUUUUUUUUUUUUUUUGACCGACGCUUGAAAGGAACAACCGGGGAGACGGAGAGAAAAAGCUGGUCUUUUUUUUUUUUUGCUGUUUUUUUUAUUAUUAUUAUUUUUAGAUGAAAGCUCGAUAAAUGCAUCUAACGAAGAUGGACCUGUUGAACUACCAGUACCUGGAUAAAAUGAACAACAACAUCGGGAUCCUCUGCUACGACGGUGAAGCUGCAUUGAGAGGAGACCCCAGAUUCCAGUCCUUGUCGCUGUCCUCGUCUUCCUCCUCGUCCUCGUCGUCCUCUUCCUCCUCCAUCUCCAGCCACAGGACCGGCCCCCCUCCCAUCAGCCCCACCAAGAGAAAGCUGAGCGGCGACCAGGGAGACAGCGACAUGGACGACAACGAGCACGUGGCUAAGAUGAGCCGCCUGUUUGCUGCGCAGCUGAAGCCGACAGACUACCGCAGCUCCCCUGUUGCUAAGGACCACAGGCGGAGUCCCAGCGAGCGCAUGGUGGUGCCUGCUCCUCUGGGGGUUCCAGCCAACCACCUGUACGGCCACCAUCACCACCACCACCACCACCACCACCUGGCCACCUUAGCAGGCAUGGAUCAGCCUCUGGCACUCACCAAAAACAGCAUGGUGGAGACGGCGCGCGGCAGCACAGCAGCCAUGGUGUCGGUGCCGCACGCGGUCAGCCCCAUGGAGCGGCAGCAGAACCGUCCGUCGGUGAUUACGUGCGCUGCAGCCAACAAUCGCAACUGCAACCUGUCACAGUGUCCAGUCUCGCACAACGGCUGCUCCAACUUCAGCAACAACUACAGGAGAACCAACACCAACACAGCCUGCGACCCCGUUAUCGAGGAACAUUUCCGCCGCAGCCUCGGGAAGAACUACAAGGAGCCCGAGCCCACCGCCACCAACUCGGUGUCCAUCACAGGCUCUGUGGACGACCACUUCGCCAAGGCGCUGGGCGAGACCUGGCUGCAGAUCAAAAACAAGGGGAGUCCCUCGUCGUCUGGCAGCAGCCCAAACUCCUCUCCCGACAGUCACAUGGUCACUCACAACCACUCCCCUUCUGUGAUCUCUUGAAGGCAGAGAGGAACCCUCCCACCCCCCCUCGCCCCCCACACUGCUCAUCCAAUCAUCUCAGCUCCAAGAACCAUGCCCCUGCCAUUUUGGUCUGUCACCAGCAUCCCAGAGGGAAUGCCUGCCUGCUGGUCUGCUAAAAUCAGCCAAAAGCCUCCAGCCAGCUCAGUCACUGAGCAUCAGUCAAGCAAUAAAGACACGCUCGCCUCCCUUCCACAGUCUGCUCCCGCCAGACCAACGUCAGCCGUGACUGAGGAGGAUUCAAACGUUGAACUUGAGACCGGAGCGUCGGCCUGCUCCUUCCAGUCCUCCAUCACCCCCCCCCCGCAUCGUUGGCUUGGAGCUGAACAAGUGUCUGUAGUUUUCUGUACAUAAAAAGAGGAAAGACUGUUUUAAUUAUUCACUUUCUUCUCGUUUUCUGUUUUGUUCUUGUUCUGUUGUUUUUUUUUGUCUUGUUUGGUUAACAGUAGUUCUGUGUACUGAUUCUCUGUUAUGACAUGCCUGGCCUUUGAAUGGAAAAUGAGAAACCUUAGAAAGUAAUCACAACCCACCUUGCCGUGCUACCAAAGAAACCUCAGCCCGUGUUUUUCAGUGACCGCCUUUAAAAAGCACACAUAGUAGACCCCGUCCUCCCGUCCUGCUCGUUGGGCUGCUGGCUGUGACCUCAGAUCUGAGCUGCGCCGCUGCUUGGAAAGGUAACGGUAGCAUGUCAGGUUGGUAGCCCGGCGCUGGGGCUUAAAAUGCAUUUUGAUGCAAUCACAUCUUAUCUCACGUGUUGGAAACCUGAUGGAUUUCCGAAUAGCUCCUGCUUAAAGUCUACUAGAGAUUAGUCGACUUUGACGCGUGUGCAAAGUCUCGCAUGCGUUGUCGUUUGUACAAAUGUAAACACACCCCAGCGAGGUUGGGCGGUGGAAGCGUGGCUGCGAGCUAAAUUUAACCUUUUAGAUCACGAUUCUUCCAUUUGCUGAGAAGUUCAUUAAAAGCAGUUCAAGGACGGCUGGUGUUGCCGUCUUAAAGCUCGGAUUCUGAUCUGUGAUCAGUCUCCAGCAGCACCUACCUGCAGAAUGUCGGUCUGCACUGAGAACUCUGCUGGCAGGAUGGGGUUCAACGCACGAAAUGUGGGAAAGCUCGGCCAUUUAUCAACAAAGAAGUGUCAUGGAUACUGAUUUUAUUAUUAUUUUUUUACUAGAGCUUCCGUCUAAACAAAGCACUUCUCGGGUAAAUUUAUGUCCCACCUUAUUUUAUAACUUCUCGAUGUGGGUUAAGAUCAUCACGCCCGGCCAUUCCAGUUCAGCUUUAAAGGCCCGUUUCAACUAUGAAUUCCAGUUUUUUUUUUUUUUCUCAAAACUCAAAUUAUAUCCAGGCUUUUGUUUUGUGCGUUUCCACUGCAGAGACCAGAACAAGUCCAGAUGCUGAGUGGGGAACUUCUCCCUCAACCGUGUCGUCUUGCACAGCUAUUGGGUGCUGGAGCAAGGCUCCCGUCGUGAAAAUAAAACCAAAAUAAAAUUAGAACCAAUUACUCUAUCACAGCUAUUAUGCUUUACAACCUGGACAGAGUCACUAGAAAGUACACGGAAAGAUGCGACUAGAACACAUUUUUAAAGGGAUAUCCAUCGGCAGAUUGCAGCGUUCUGCCCCUCAAAGCAAAGGAGGGAGGGAAACGGGAGAGACGAGCCUCCGCCGUAAAGAUGGGCUCUUUUCCCAGCGUUUACGCUGGGAAACUGAAUUCUAAUAACUUCAGUCAGGCUUAACACCCUAAAACGUUCCCUCAAAAAAAACGAGCCUUGUUCCUGCAGCGGAAACGAAACAUUAAUUUGAAAGUCCGUCUUCAUCAAACGGGGACGACAGGAAUUCAUCCUUUCAGGGUGGGACUUGUUAAAAUGGCGACCUGAACGAGGGGCCGAGGGCUGGGCUCCACUGAACCGUCCGCUUUGAUGUGUUUCAAAGGCGCUAACUGCUGACACUGAUGAGGGGGAUGCGUGACGCUGAACGUCACUUUGUGGUUUCCGAAAAGAAGGGGGGGGGGUUUAUUUCUUGACCCGCAGGGGGGAAAAGGAUUAUCAUGAUAUCUUCAAACACGCCUUUUGUUUAUGUGACUCUUUGAACACCGGUGUUAGAAUUAUAUUCAGCUAACACCCUGCUACCUAUGUCCCCCACCCCACCCCUCCUACAGACUGUGGUUUAAUAGAUUUCUAAGGUUUUAAAGGUAAAUUAAUGCUUUUACAGGUGCAUGUAUUUUCUAUUGUUUAAUAGCUGGUAUCUAUUAGGGUUUUUAGCAUUUCAAGCUUAACUAUUAACCUUUUUAUUUUUGUUCAUUCAGAUGUUAGUUUUUACUUCUUUUUUGUUUUGCUGUCGGUAACUGACAUAGACACUAUCCACUCACUGCUGGGUCAGUUGUACUCCAUAUUGUUGUUGUUAUACUUUUGUACGUUUGGGUUUUUUGUUUGUUGUUUUUCCAUUAUUAUCGGUAUGGUAACUAUAGUGGGACAGCCUCUGGACAGGCUCUGUUAACGGCUCAUUCAGAACCAUCUCAGCACGGCGACGCUUCAAGUCAUCGGGGUGGGCUGGCUUUGAGUUCUGCUGUUCAUUUGGGUUUUCUUAAGACGUUGAUCCAUCGCUGGUACAGGAUGCCGCACACUUCAGCGUGACUGAGCUGAGACACCCGAGUCGAUAGAGAGCGCUGUGGGGAUUUUCACCUCAAGCAUCUAAGCCCAACCUCCGUAGCAGCGUUUCCCCCACAAAGCCUACCGCGGUGUGUGGUAGUCUCCAAGGCUUGGAUGCUUGUGGCGAUGCAGUCUGAAAACGUAUCCUAUUGACACUAAAGAAUCAACAAAAAUCACAAAAAUUGGAAUUGGGCCACUUACAACAGUCAUUUCUUAGCUAGCAGUUUAUCAGAAUUAACGUUGACCGUUCAACCUCCCUCAGUUGACUUUUCCUGCUCUGACUUGGUGUCCAGACACCUUUUUUUUUUUUUUUUUUAGUGUAAUUAAGUGGUUUCUUUUCCUGCAGCCUAAAUACAUGAAUCAGAUUCUGUAAUACAACCGGCACCACGGCGGCAUACAUUCCUCCAGUUGGGAACUUUUACGUAGGCCUGUAGCAGACGCAGCAUCUUUCUCAGCCAGCCAGGGCUGCUCGUCCCAGACUUCCCUCCACGGCGCUUCGCUUCCGACUAAAGGAGCAAACUUUUACUUGGGUGCCAUAACAUUUUCGAAGACAUUUAGAGCUUCAGUUUGAGAGACCUAGCCUCGUAGCAGUGUGGAGAAUCAUUUCAUGUCGCUGAGCUUCAGUUAAUGGAACGACAAGCUUUUUUUUUCGGUAGCGAGUACGGGGAUCCUACGACGUUCCAGCAAUGGAAGGUGUUCUCUCUUCUCUCAAUCGUCCACACAUUCCAUCAUCGGCUAUCGAAAGCGGAAGGAUGAGGAAAGUUUCCGAAGGGUCAGUUUAGCUUAGAUUUACUUAAAAAAAAAAAAAAAGAACAUGAUCACUUUUACAUGCUUUCUGUGACCAGUGAGGUGUGGCUGGCUGGGGCGGCAGACCCUGAGCUGCAGGAGCUGUGCUUUUGUAAGCGCGAGCUGUGAGUCACAAGACAUUUACCUUGUGCCUUAAAGUCUACAGUGCUGUGAGACACUCUGUCAUAUUCUUAAUGUCAAAGACAACCAGGGUAUUUACAAAAAAAAACUGUUUCCACAUUUAUGUUUAAGGAAAAACGACAAGCCAAACAAACCUGGCUUUCUGUCAAACGUUAACCUCUUUAGACCGAAUGCCAGGUCCUCCGCAGCUCCCUCUGUUUUUGGCCCUUUAUUGACUAGGGUUGUUUUUAAUCCCUUUAUGAAUUGACUAUUUAAAACCUUUAUUUAGUUUAGUCCUAUCUUUGCCUGAUAUUGAAAUGUAUUUGAUCCUUCACAGUUAAGUGUGACUUUUUAAAAAAAAUGCAAAAAUAGAAGUCAGCAAUGGGAACAAAAGCCUUUCCACAGCACUGUAUUUAGGGUCUCACAGCAAUGCCUGACGACCUCCCCGUCUACAAGCGUGGUGGUGAGCACCUUGCUAGAAAACACGAGGGAAAGAGGCUGGAAGUCCAGAGGAUUUUGAUUUAUUUUCUUUCUCAUUAUCAUUUCACGACCACCCUGUAGGUAGGAAGCGCGAGCCACGCGUCGGGCAUGCACUCCCUACACACUGUAGGAAAAUCACUUAAAUCUUUUUUUUUUUUUAUAAAUAUAUAUAUUAGCUAACUCUAAGACCAUCAUUACGCUGUGCGUAACGAAUGUACAGAGAAAAAAAAAUCGUAGGUAUUUUUUUGAGGAACAAUUAAUUUGUUAAUGAUAUGUAGCUAUUUAAUUGUUAUUUCUGUCCUUAUAUUGUAAUCAUUGCAUUUUCUUUUUUUUUGUUUGUGAAAAAAGUUGAUCUUUUUUUUUUUGUCAGUAGAGUUUUGUCUGUCAGAGUAAAAGGUUCAAGUGCAGGAACACAGUAAACGUAUGAAACCACGUUACGCCACACACAGGUGUGUCGCUGACAAUCGCUACUUCCACUCAUCCCCGUUCUUCUACAUCUGUUGAGACUUUUGAACAAAAAUUUAACUUUUUUUAAUAUACAUAUAUAUUGCAUUGAUAAAACCCAUUAACCUUGAGAAAGCGUAACAACGGUCCAGCUAGCAGGUACAUUAUGUUAGCAACAGAGAUGGUGGGCCUUGCUCUACAGCUGGAAGCCUAAUAACGUGUGAAUCAUUUAUUCUCUUUCAGGGCAUUUCUUUUAAUGAUCUUGGUGGCAGAUUAGCUGUGAAUCCACUACCAGUUUCCAUCUGUAAUAAAUCCCGAUCAAGUUACGCAUUCAGCUGACAAAUCAAAGAGGAGUUGCUCCUCACUCUGAUUGCUCCACAUCCUGUCUUUAAAGUGGAAGUAGCAUGUUCUUAGUGGUAGUAAUACUCUGAACUGUAAGAAAUAUUGUAUAAAAAAAAACAAAUUUUGUGGCUCUGUGUCUCCUACUCAAAAGGUUUUGGCAGGCCACCUUUUUUGUACGUAAAAGUAGCCUUGAUGAACAAUAAAGUGCUUUUAAACCACC